AUUGAGAAAAAAUUUUCAUGUUGGUGUCGGUGAACGUGAACAUGAAGUGAAAAACCGAUCCCUUCGUUGACCGGAGUUCUGUGCGUCGAAACGUGGAAGAAAAUCCAUCAUGAUGCAAGUUCCAGCAGUUUUUAUGGAUUUACCUCCAGAGGAUCAGGCUCAAGAGUUGAGAAUAUAUUUCAAAAGUCUCGGUGCUGAGAUCAGUGACGAAAAGUCUCCUAGAGGUAUCGAAGAUGAUCUUCACAAAAUUAUCGGUGUCUGUGACGCCUGUUUCAAGGAAGGAAACGAAACAGAAAUCGAGACGAUUCUCAACGACAUUGUUUCGAUCAUGAUUCACAUUCCAGUGGAACGAGCUGAGAAUUUGAUCUUGGCCUUUUGUGAAAAAUUGAAGAAAGCUCCUGGGCAGAAACUCGGACUGGUUUGUCUCAAAGCCCUUUGGCUGCUUUUCCAAUCCCUGGAAGAAAAAUCACCGAUGAGAUACCAUGUUUACUAUCACUUAGUUCAAGUCGCCAGAAAUGUUGAUCAAGUAAAAGCUGUUUACAACGGAGUUGAACAAUUCAAAGACCAAUUCAAAGCUUUUCCACCCACGAAUGAGCAGAUGCAAAAACUUUUGCGCCUCCUACAUGAAGUUCUCCUAAGCUGUAAACAAGGUGAUCAAGCAGCUGCAGUUAUGGUAGAAUUACUGGGAACAUAUACAGCAGAGAAUGCCUCAGCAGCGAGAGAAGAUGCUCAGCAUUGUAUCCUUGCAGCGCUUGCAGAUCCUAAUACUUUUCUUCUCGAUCCAUUGCUUGCUCUAAAGCCUGUUCGAUUUUUGGAGGGUGAACUUAUUCAUGAUCUUCUUUUGAUAUUCGUACAAGAAAAGUUGCCAGCUUACAUGGAUUUCUACAAAAAUCAUAAGGAGUUCGUCGAACAUUCACUUGGUUUGAACCAUGAGCAAAAUAUGAAGAAAAUGAGACUGCUCACUUUCAUGCAACUUGCUGAGACCAACCCUGAAAUGUCAUUCGACGUUAUACAAUCCGAACUUCAAAUCGAAGAAGCUGAAGUGGAAAGUUUCAUAAUUGAUGUUUUGAAAACGAAGCUCGUACGUGCACGGAUGGAUCAAGCGGGACGAAAAGUUUUGAUUUCGAGUACAAUGCAUCGGACAUUCGGCCGGCCUCAAUGGCUUCAAUUACGUGAUCUCCUCGCCGCGUGGAAGACGAACUUAUCUGCUGUUCAAGACGGUAUGAAAUCGGUAGCCGCGGCACAAGUGGAUCUUGCUACGAAAGCUAAAGUUCCUUUAGCUCAUUGAAAAACGUCCUUAGCUGCAUUGCUGUAAAACAUCGAGUGGUCGUUGUGAAAAGAGUAGGAAAUAUAAGUGAAAGGAAUUAAAUAUCAGCUGGAAGCAAAAACUCGAAAUCGUGACUCACAAUGUAAAAAAACAAAAAAAAACUUCAUACAAUUCAUAUGGUAAAAUUUCCGAAUAAAUACCGUAUUUUUACCGUGAUUCA